UCUCAGUAUACAGUCUGAAACUCCACUUUUUUUGUUGCUUAGUUUUAGCACAUUUUCUGCUUCCGUCUCAACAAGAGUCUGUCCAGUAUGAACCUUCAUACCUAGCUGACAGGUUGUGGCUGUGUUGUUGUUGUUGUGUCUCUUACACCGUUAGGGACACAAACCAACUGACGACCAGGACUCGAGGGUUGGUCGAGUCCAUCAUCUCCCCUCCCAGUCUUCUCCUUCCCCUCCUCGAGCAGUUCACUCUUCCCGCCUCCGCGCCACAGACGUAUUUUUUUUUUUUGUGCGCUGGAAAAGAGGAGGAGCGACUGCUAGCGACCUGACGACUCGUCAGACGGGACUGGAGUCGGUUCGCGAGCGCUAAACCGAGCCAAGCACCACACCGCCGCCGCCGCUGUUGGUCGCCGUUGUGGCACGGUUAAGCCGGUUACUCCCCCGUCUCCCCGGGCCAGUGGACUUGUAACAAAGUAGCGUUGCCACAACAUCCCGAAGCGUGGAAAAAGAAGCAGACGGACUUCUUGGACCGCUUUCGACACGGAAAAAAUCGCGGGAACAUCGCUCGACGACGCGACUGUCGGCAGCAAUGGAAGUUGUUGUGACGGAGGAGAAGAAGAAGAUAUUCCGUGCUCGGAAAACCAUGAAGAUCAGUGAUCGGCAGCAACUGGAAGCCCUUCACAGCACUCUGUUGACAGCAGCAUCCGAACCGUCUCCGCCACCGCCUCUAAUGAACGGUUCACACAGAGAGGAUGGACAAAAGGACGCGGAGCAAAACAGCCACCAGGACUCAAACUCCCCCAUCGCUACAUCCCCUGCCUCUAUGACCUCCCUGAGCUCUCCUGCACCAUUCCUCUCACUCAAUCUGUCCCCCUCGCCCGUACCCUCGCAAAGUCCAAAAGACAAGGACGAAUCUCUUUCAGGACCUUCGUCACCAUUCCAUGCUAUAAACUUUGAACAGAAAAAGGAGGAGGAGGAGGAAAAGACUAGCUUGCCGUCACCCUCAUUGAAGGAGACCUCCGAACCAGCAGCACAGGAAUCCAAAGAGCCUCAGGAGGGCGCUCAGGUGUUGGAAAAGCCCGAGGAGGACCAAACUAUAGUCGAAGACAAUGCUAAUGAUGAUAAGGACACCGCUAAGGAAUCAGUUUCUUUGCCUCCAGAAUCUGAUGGCACAGUCCCAAUGGAAACGGACGCCACCAAGGCCCAGGACACAGCCCAAAUAAAGUCUCCUAGUUCCGAUUCCUCCAUUCCUUCACCCUCUUCCUCCGCGGAUGUUAAACGGGAAAAGGAUGUAGAGGAAGGGACGAGCAAAAAUCAGUCGAAGAAAGGCUUGCUAAAACAAGACAAGAUGGAGGUUACCAUCGUUAAAGUGGAGGCCAAAAAAGAAAAAAUGGACAGUGGGUCGACUUCGAAGCCAUCUCGCCCAUCUUCCACUCCACCGUGUAAUGAAGUGUCCGAGGAGAAGAAUUGUACUUCUGGAAUCAAGCGCACUUUAUCAGAGGGCUGUGACAAUGGCGAGCAGACUAUAAAACGGGAUGGGAAGAGACCGAAGAUGGAUCAAGGAGAAUUGGAGGCGCAGCUGGAACUCAAAAUCACUGCAAAGGCUGGCAGUCAUCACAAGCUUGAGAAGAUUGUGCAGAAGUUAGUGUGUGAACGGUUGCGGGACCUUGAGAUGACUAUUCUUGAGAAAGGUUUCCAGGAGUUGAAGGGCAGAGUUGACAAGAUCGACUGUACCACAAAGCACCAAGUGGUCAUUAACACUCUCCAAGCCAAGAUAGCCCGACUGUCAAAGAAGUUUGGAGAAGCCAAUCAGGCAUCAGAGAACAAAAGGAAACAGGAGUCACUUGCUGCUUCUACUGCUAUUGCUGCUGCUGCCGCUGCUGUUACUACUGCCGCCAAGACAGCAUCUGUUGCUAACACACCUCAAGUUCAACGGCCAGUCCGGGCACCCAUCGAGGUGAAGCAGAUCCCAACUGCAGCUGUUACUUUACCUCACACUGCUGCAAAAUCCGGCCCACUCGUUCCAACCCCUGUCUCCACUACUGCAGCCAUGGUUUCACAGGCCCCCAUCAUAAAACUGAUCACCUCUUCCUCCAAUGCCGUCUCCACCUUGGCUACUGGCAUCACCACUCAGAGUCCGACAGGCACCUUGUUACUGAAGACGGCGCCUGCGGGUGGCGUGAUGACUGGACAGCCACUCAUCAUACAGCUGCCUGUAUCAAUGACUAAUGGCCAGGGGGGAACACUGGUCAACUUCCCCGUGUCCUCUCUGCCUACGGCGGGCGCGCUCACUAAGCCCAAAACCACUGCUUCCACUACUACUUUCAUCAUCAAGCCCGCUCCUGUCACUACCACAGCUGCAGGUUCUAUUCCAACCCCUAUCACUGUGCCAGCACUCCAGGCUCCCCCGAGCCAGAUGUCUUCGGGCCAGCUCGCACUGAGCCGAGCCGUAUACCAAGGCGGCGCCGGGGGGAUAACUACACCCAAUGCAGGAGUCUCUGUGACCCCAGCCAGGGCUCUACUUUCUCCUGUGUCUGUCGCCGGAGCCAUGUCGACUGCCUCCACAUCUACAACAUCUGGUCCAGCAGCAACAGGUUCAGCAGCUCCAGGACCUCCACAAGGGACAUCUUUGACAUCUAAAACAGACAACCAAGCCACGGGAACAACUCCAUCCAAAGCAGCUACUCCUGUAACGCGUCCAAAAGGUGCUGUCAUUGAUCUUACUGAGGAUGAUGAUGAUGUGCAGGUGACAGGAGUGAAAGCAGCUACUGUUCCAAGUCCCUCGCUGACCCAGCGUCCACAUCCAGUCAACGUUCUAAGCAGCCCAGGGGCUAGGUCUUCCCCACAAAGCAGCCAGAAUACAUCCAGCAGUAAUACGCCAGUGCAAAACCGCCCCCCACUGAAUUCUUCAGUGAUAUCCCGUACUCCUUCAACGACUACGCCAGCCCGGACCUCCAGCAUAACACUGCCCGCGCUCCCCAUUGCAUCCACGCCCACAAACCUACCACCAGAGGCUCAGCGGACCUCGCCUCCUCAGCAACCUCAGCUCAAACUGGUGCCAAGUCAAAGCGGCAUAGUGCUGUCCUGGUGCGUGUCCGAAACGGAUCAUUCUUGCGCGGCUGUCGAAAGCUAUCACCUGUAUGCCUACCACCAAGACAACUCAAACAGCAAUUCAAGUCAGCAGCACUGGAAGAAGAUCGGGGAGGUAAAAGCCCUUCCUCUGCCUAUGGCCUGCACCCUGACCCAGUUCCAGUCUGGGUCCACAUAUCAUUUUGCAGUUCGAGCCAAAGACAUCUAUGGGCGCUUUGGCUCCUUCUGCGAACCCCAGUGCACAAAUGUGAUCAAUCCCAGCUCAAAUUGAACACCUACAAAAAUAAUUUGCAUUUUGACUGUUCGUUACUUCUUUUAGGAAAUGUAUGUCAUAGGAGCUCCAAUAUUGUGCAUUGUUGACAUAGAGUAUCUGUAAAUAAUUCUCAGCCGACUUCUGACUGUCUUGGAAAGUUGAAGCAGCAGAUGGUGUCGUUCAGUGGUUGACGUAUUUGAUGUACUUUUCAUUAUUGAUACUGUUGUAUAUAAGUGAACUACUUCUCCACCUUCUCACGGUCCAUGUCAGGUAAUUUAUGUUAUUGGCUCAUGUACGUCGCCCAGGUGUUGUUUGCUUUACUGGAGACAUGAUGCCAAGCCUGUCCUGUCAACAGAAUUGCACAAAAAUGUAUACGUGGUAGGAAUUGAAUGAUAACUUUUGUAAGUUUUGUCUGGUAACCAGACUUGUGACAAACAAAAUAAAAGGUUUUAUUAAAGCUG